GCAUUCACGAGGAGGGCGGUGUGUGGCUGGCUUCAAGGGCAAGCGUAGACUAAAAUACUUAAAAAUUGUUUCAAACAGUUUUGGAUGAAGAGCUACCUCUUCCAUCCUGACAUUUUGGGAAAUACAGGCUAGAUACAGCAGGACACGUAAUUGGGAAAAUGUAAAGCCAAGUAAAAAGUUUAAAAUGCAACACACAGAGAAGCAGCUUGGAAAUAUAAGCUACUUACGAUAAAUCUUUUAUGAAACAACUCAGGAUAAAAAAUAGAGCCAGUUGAGAGGCCCAGGAAAGCCCUUUGCCUGGUGGAGGGCAGCAGGAUUUGAAGGUAGGUCAGCCCAGCCUGCACAAACCAUCACUCCUGUGUAAAACUAACAGGAGAGGCAUUACCCAUGGUUUCUGCUUACGGAUCUGUGCAGACUGUCAACCUGAGCUCCUCGUAGACACCUGGGUUCUUCCUCCUAAGAGGAGAGCAAAACACUCAUACCGAUGUACAGUACUAGAAAAUGAAACCAGCUACUACUUAGUCUCUCCCUGUGAGCAGAGCCUGCAAGCCCAGGCAGAGGUGGUCUGGCUAGCCCCCUAGAAUGAAAAUGCCUAGAGAAAAGGCAAAUGAGCUUGCUGCUGAACACCAUUGUCAGCUAAGAGAAAAAGAAAUCCCUUUUAAGGAAACUAUUUAACUUCAAUAGGCUGCUUUUCUGCCAGGAUUUUCAAUUCCUCUGAACAUAAGCCGAGCCACAGACUGUUGCACGUAUGUCUGGAUCCUGGCUUUCCCCCCACCUCAGAGCUUCAGCACCAGUUGUUAGCCAAAAAUAAACCCCAUUCCACAACCAUAUAUGUCCACCAGCCCAGAGCUGGGGAGGAGCAGCAGGAGUAGGUCAGGUCCCCAGGCCCCAGCCACACUCAGUGUGGCCGCAGCGCACCAUGCACAUCACCCAGCUCAACCGGGAGUGCCUGCUGCACCUCUUCUCCUUCCUGGACAAGGACAGCAGGAAGAACCUCGCCAGGACCUGCCCCCAGCUCCAGGCCGUGUUUGAGGACCCUGCACUCUGGCCCCUGUUGCAUUUUCGCUCCCUCACAGAACUCAAGAAGGACAACUUCCUCCUGAGCCCAGCGCUCAGGAGCCUCUCCAUCUGCUGGCACUCCAGCCGCGUGCAGGUGUGCAGCAUCGAGGAUUGGCUCAAGAGCGCCUUCCAGAGGAGCAUCUGCAGCCGGCACGAGAGCCUGGUCAAUGAUUUCCUUCUCCAGGUGUGCGACAGAUGCCCCAACCUGACAUCCGUCACGCUGUCGGGCUGCGGCCACGUCACCGACGACUGCCUGGCGCGCCUGCUGCGAUGCUGCCCGCGCCUGCGCGUGCUUCGCUUGGAAAACUGCGCGCGCGUCACCAACCGCACGCUGGCGGCAGUGGCGGCGCACGGGCGCGCGCUACAGACGCUGCACGUGGACUUCUGCCGCAACGUGAGCGCGGCCGGCCUGCGCCGCCUGCGUGCCGCCUGCCCGCGCCUGGCUCUGCGCGCCGAGCACAGCGCAGCCAUGAUACCCGACCAGCUCCCGCGCGGCCUGCUGGCGCCCGCCCCGGCCCUCCGCAAGCUGCUCCCGCGCUAGGCCGCGGAAAGACACCGGCUACAGCCCCGAGAGGAAGGAGCGACCUGGCUCCCAACCCCAGCUCCUCCCUCUCUGAUUGUUGCCACCCGUUGAGCCUCAGUUUCCCCGUCUGCAAAGUGGGGAUACGAAUGCCUACCUCAUAUUACAAUUUUAUACAUAGAAUGAGUGCGAGAUUAAAUGACCGGAUGCUUGGAAAAACAGGUGGUUC